UCUGUCUCUCGUCAAGUUGUAUAAAUUGGCAAAAAGCUACGUCAUUCCAUUGUCAGUCUAACGAUCGUCAUCAUUAUUAGUUCUUGGUGUGAAAAACUUGUGAAUAUCCAGUUAUUAAGAUUUCUUUGGAAUCUCUGUGAUCAACUUUAGCAUAAGUUAUUAUUAAUAUUUCCGUAUAAUAAUAUCCAACAAUGGCUGAAGGAAAAAGUCCCGACGAUCUGGCCACUGCAAUUCUUCGUAAAAAGGACCGUCCAAACAGGCUCUUGGUCGAAGAAGCUGCCAACGAUGACAAUUCCGUUGUUGCAUUAUCACAAGCUAAAAUGGACGAGUUACAGCUAUUCAGGGGGGACACAGUAUUACUCAAAGGCAAACGAAGGAAAGAAACAGUCUGUAUAGUCCUUUCCGAUGAGUCCUGUAGUGACGAAAAAAUCCGCAUGAACAGAAAUGUUAGGAACAACCUUCGUGUCCGUCUCUCAGAUGUUGUCUCCAUCCAGCCUUGCCCAGAUGUAAAAUAUGGUAAAAGGAUCCAUGUUCUGCCCAUAGAUGACACAGUUGAAGGCCUCACAGGAAACCUCUUCGAAGUCUACUUGAAACCCUACUUUUUGGAAGCGUAUAGACCCAUCCACAAAGACGAUGUCUUUGUCGUUCGUGGUGGUAUGAGAGCAGUAGAAUUCAAAGUAGUUGAAACGGAUCCUGCCCCCUACUGCAUAGUAGCUCCCGACACUGUCAUCCACUGCGAUGGAGAUCCAAUCAAACGAGAAGAAGAAGAGGAGGCUCUCAAUGCCGUCGGCUACGAUGACAUCGGAGGAUGCAGGAAGCAGCUAGCGCAGAUCAAGGAGAUGGUGGAGCUCCCGCUGAGACACCCGAGCCUGUUCAAGGCUAUCGGCGUGAAGCCCCCUAGGGGUAUACUGCUGUAUGGUCCCCCUGGUACGGGUAAGACCCUGAUUGCUCGCGCCGUGGCUAAUGAGACUGGGGCGUUCUUCUUCUUGAUAAACGGGCCGGAGAUCAUGAGCAAACUCGCUGGCGAGUCUGAGAGUAACUUGCGCAAAGCUUUUGAAGAAGCUAGAUCUGCAGCUCCUUGUGUAUUGUUCUUUGAUGAAUUGGAUUCCAUUGCAAAAUCGAGAGGUGGCAACGUAGGCGAUGCAGGUGGUGCAGCAGACAGAGUUAUCAAUCAAAUUUUGACAGAAAUGGACGGAAUGGGUGCCAAAAAGAACGUAUUCAUCAUUGGUGCAACGAACAGACCUGAUAUCAUCGAUCCUGCCAUCUUGAGACCCGGUAGAUUAGAUCAGUUGAUUUACAUCCCAUUACCAGACGAGAAGUCUAGAGAGGCCAUUUUCAAAUCGAACCUGAGGAAAUCUCCUAUCGCCAAGGAUGUAGAUUUAGGAUACAUAGCCAAAGUGACACACGGUUUCUCUGGUGCUGAUCUGACCGAAAUAUGCCAGCGCGCUUGCAAGUUGGCCAUCAGGCAGAGCAUUGAGAGCGAAAUCAGGAGGGAAAGGGAGAGGGCGAUGAAUCCCAAUAUUGCCAUGGACUUGGACGAAGACGAUCCGGUCCCAGAAAUCACCAGGGCCCACUUCGAAGAGGCCAUGCGCUUUGCCCGAAGGUCAGUUUCUGAUAACGAUAUCAGAAAAUACGAAAUGUUCGCGCAAACUCUGCAGCAGUCUCGAGGCUUCGGCACGAACUUCCGCUUCCCGACGGCCGCCGGGGGGCCGGCCGCGCCCGGGGGUACCGGCGGGGACCAGGCCAACUUCCAAGACGAUCCCGAGGAUGAUUUAUACAGUUAGGCGAACGAGGGAUCAACAGCAGUUAGCGACGGUUUUAUUUUUUGUAUUUAUUUACAAUUAAAAAUACUUCAGUUGGAUAUCAAUAUCUAAAUAUGAAACUAUUAUUAUCAAAUUCAUAUGUUGGUUCAUAGUUUUGAUUAUAAAUAAAAAGUUUGUCCUA